AUGCAGUGGAAGGAUGAUGGAGACGUCGGUAAGACCACGCUCAGUGGCCGCGUGGACUGUCCUGAGAUCAGAGUCCACGACAACUGUAAUACCCCCGCGCACACCCUGUGGGCUGGCGUCCGUGAAGAGGGCACGAACGGUAUCGCAACCUACCGGAUACGCGCGUCGGAGGCUGUGAACGAAGACGACGAGCUGCCCGACCUGUCGAAGACGACUUUGUGGAGGUUCCUCAAAGACAUCGGCUUCGCUUUUGAGAAGAGGAAGCGGAGACUGGCCCUUAUCGAGCGCAGCGACAUCAUUGCCUGGCGUCGGAGGUAUCUGCGAGCCAUCAAAGAAUUCCGAAGACAUGGCAGGUAUAUCAUCUACCUUGAUGAAACCUGGGUGAACGCCGGACACACCAAGCAAUUCGUCUGGCAAGACAAGACUGUGAAGUCCUCACAGGACGCGUUCCUGAAGGGCUUGACCACAGGCCUGGCAGCGCCGUCUGGUAAAGGAGGCCGUCUGAUUCUUGUCCAUGCUGGGAGCAGCGAAACAGGCUUCGUUGAAGGUGCUGCCGACUUCUUCAGGGCCAAGAAAGGCAACAAUGCGGACUACCACUCCGAGAUGGAUGGCACCUACUUCGAAGGGUGGUUUUCAAGCCAGCUCCUGCCCAAGAUCCCGCCCAGCAGCAUCAUAGUGAUGGACAAUGCUCCAUACCACAGUGUAGCUCUUGAAAAAGCAUCCACGUCGUCGGCUCGGAAAGCCGACAUCCAGGCAUGGCUCACAAAGAAAGGAAUUUUAUGGUCAUGGGACAUAGUGAGGGCUGAACUCCUGGAGCUUUCCAAGAAGGUCAACACACCCGGCACUGUGUACCGGAUCGACACCUUGGCAGCUGUUCACAGCCACGAAGUCCUACGACUGCCUCCCUACCACUGUGAAUUCAACCCCAUUGAGCUGGUAUGGAGCAAGGUGAAGGGCUACGUGGCGAGCAAAAAAAAGCUUUUUACGCUUCAAGAGGUCGAGCGGCUCCUGCCAGAAGCACUGGCAUCUGUGACCCAAGAGGACUGGCGAAACUGUUGCACCCACGUUCAGCGUGUUGAAGAUGAAGCGUGGGAACGGAACAUCAUUGUCGACAGUGAAAUUGAGCCAGUGGUAUUCACUGUUCGAAACACGAGUAGCUCCUCCGAUGAAUCUAGCCAAGAUCUGAGCGGCAUCGAGGAACUUGAGUAA